CAGCAGCAGCAGCAGGAGCAACUGCAGCAGCAGCAGCACGGCAGCAACAUGAGGAGAGAUACAGAGAAGACAACUGGCCGCAGCCAGCCACAACAACAGCACGCUCAGCAACAGCAGCAGCCGCAUCAACAGCAGACUGGUCAGCAACAACGACAAGGAGGAGGCGGAGGAGGAGCAGGAAGAGCGGGAGGAGCAGCAGCAGGUAGCGGGAGUAAUGGGGUACAACGUGUGUCACAUGAACAGCAGCAACAGCAGCAGCCGCAGCAAUCCGGUCAACAGCAGCAGCAGGCACCUGAACGGCAGCACCCUACAGGACGAGGUAGACGUGCGCGCUCCACAGCGACAACAGGAGGAGGGCAGCAGCAGCAGCAUGCACCGCCGUCUAAGAGAGCGAAAUACAGCAGUUCUGCUUUGGAGACUACAGCUGCUACUACAUCGUCAUCAUCAUCUACUGCUGCUUCUUCCUCCGGAGGAACAUCUGGCUCGAAUCCUGCUGCUGCUGGUGGUGGUGCUGCUGGUGGUGGUGCUGCUGCGUCUUCUUCGGGUCUUCCCCGCCUAUCACUUCCUGCUGCGCCUGCUGCUGCUGCUGCUGCUCUUUCUUCCGAUCCGACUGCAUAUAGCGGGACAGCAGCAGCACCAGCAGGACUACCUACAGCAACAAGAGAAACAACUACUACUAGUACUGCUACAAAUGCUACCAGUAGUACUGGUGCUUCUGCAUCGAAGUCCCGUGGUUCCACAGCUGCCAGUGCUGCUGCUCCUAGUUUUAGUACUACAGCUGCCCCUUCUUCGUUGCGUGGCAACUCUACCGGGGCUGCUACUGCUUCUCCUACGCCUUCUUCUUCCUCUUCUUUACUUGCAGCUGAUGGUGUUCCUCCCUCUGCUGCAGCUGCAUCCCCUCUUUCUUCAUCAUCCUCUCCUCUGGCUGCCGCACGAGCCCCUGGGCUUCACCAGGGCAGCAGCGGUACGAGUUUGCCAUCAACUGGAACAAGUGGAACA